AUGCGAUUCAAGACUAUCUAUGCUGCUAUCUAUCUUCUGGCAAGUGCUUCCACCAACAGCGCCUUUCCUGUGCCUGCCCGGCCAACAUCGUACAACCCACUGGGAAAGGGGGCAGAACCGGUGCCAAACACCCAGUUUUCGGAGAAUGGACUUUUCUCCCGUGCUACUUCAGACCAGCAGUAUACGACCGAUACACUUGUUCAUACAUCCGGAUCCGAAUCGAACAAGCCCGACCCUUCACAUACCAAGACACAGCAAAAACGCCAAGGGCGGGUGUUUACAAGCCCGCCGCACUUCACGUCGGAUAAUCAUGAACCGACUAUUGCACCAAGCGCUUCCACGUCGAACCCGUAUAAACCAGCCGUCCUACCGUCAGGCAUGCCACCCACGGCAAGGAACGAUGCAAGGAGUCAUGUCUCCCCAUCUGCGGUCUUGUCGGUGGCAGAUCUCUGGCCGGUGGGACCUGUACAGGGAGGUGCAAGGGCACUCUCAUCCACACAACAACAGGCUAGGAUCACGGAACCAUACGAUGCGCGAAUUGUCCCUGAGAAUACUAGAGUGGACCACCGUCCUGUACAUGCGGUAGCCAGCAGGGUAGUUCAAGGGUUUGCACAUACCGAGGACAAGCUGGUUCCCCAGCCUAAUCGUGUACACAUGUAUCCCGUUCCCGAGCAACGCGACCGGCCCUCACGUCCGCCCCGCCCCGACAGGAGGGAUACACCCGGUGAUCCUCCGCGACUGGUUCCCGGACCUCGUCCCCGACUUCCAGCAUCCACCUCUCUGUUCCCGAGACCUGUGGCGAUAGUUAUACCUCCUGACCAUGAGGGAGACCGACAGCCACGUCCCAAAGUGCAUCCACCUCGCAACCCAGGCCAUCGCAAGGCCGUGUAUGUCGCUAAUGAAGAAGUUCACUCGCCGAAAUCUUCGACCUCCGGGCAGUGA